AUGACUGAGGAGUUAACAUCUUCAGCUUUACUAGAACAACUAGUUUAUAUUGAUAAUUAUAUAAAUGGAGCAUCAUCAUCUAAUGAAAAUAAUAGUUCAAAUGCUACUCCAAAUGUUGAUGUUGAUGGACAAUUAAGUUUAGAUUUAGCUGCUUUUGCAGAUGAUUCAUUUAUAUUUCCUGAUGAAGAUAAACCAAAAUUAUAUGAUGAUGAUGAUAAUGAAGGAGAUGAAGAUGAUGAAGAAUUACAUAAAACUCAAAUUAAUGGAAAUCAACAUAAUGAUUUAAAAGGUUGGAAUAUAAAUGAAUUUAAUGCAAGUUAUUUAAUGCAAAAUUUAAAAACAGAACAUAAUCAACAUAAUGAUAUAAUUCUGGGAAGUAGUAAAGAUAUAAAUAAUAAUCAAGAUAUUUUUAAAGAUCGACAAUUUGAAAAUACAACUAAUGAAGAAAUAACAUCAACUUUUUCACCAUUAACUAAUUUACCUAAAUUUCCUGUACCACCAGGUGCAAAAUCUUCUUUAGAAAGUGCAGGAUUAUCACAAAAACAAAUUGAUUUAUUAAGUGCUUUAGUUGCACAACAUCAAAAUAGUUUAGGUAAACCAAUACCUAAUGAAGAGCAACAACAACAAGAAGAAGAAAAUAAUCACUAUCAAUUUAAUCAUAAUGUACCUAUAACUCCAACUUUAACUUCAAUACCCAAUAAUAAUUCAGAUAUACAUUCAAUUCAAUCACACCCAAAUCAAAUCCAACGUCAUGAUUCAACUUCUAGUAUACAUCAUAAUUCACAAAUACCUGCACAACAACAUUUAGAAUUAUCACAUCAUCAAAAUCAACAUCAGCCGCGUAAUUCACAACAUAUUGAAUCACAAAUAAAUUUACAAGGAACCUCCCAAAUGUCAUUUAUAAAUCCUCCGUCAAUAAACAACAAUAAUGUUAAUAGUUCUACUUUCACAAAUAGUAAUAAUUUAAAUAAUCAAUUUAAUUUAACAUCAAAUCAAUUUAAUCAUACAUCAUCAUCAACAUUAUCAACAUCAUCAAAUAUGUCAAGUCCAGAUGCAGCAGAAUUAGAUAAAAAAAGAAGAAAUACCGCUGCUUCAGCUCGUUUUAGAAUUAAAAAAAAAAUGAAAGAACAACAAAUGGAAAAUAAAAUAAAUUCUUUACAGGAUUUAAUAUCAAAUUUAGAAAAUAAAUUAAUGAAUUUAGAAAUGGAAAAUAAAUUAUUAAGAAAUUUAAUUAUUGAAAAAGGUAGUCAAGAAUCUGAUGAUGAAUUAAAAAAAUUAAAAGAAAAAGCUAAAAUGGGAUUUAAUUAG